AUGGGUUGUGGAAUGAGCACCGAAGAUAAGGAGGGCAAGGCCCGCAAUGAGGAGAUCGAGAAUCAGCUGAAGCGGGAUAAGAUGAUGCAAAGAAACGAAAUUAAGAUGUUGUUGCUUGGUGCUGGAGAGUCUGGCAAGUCAACAAUUCUCAAGCAGAUGAAGCUGAUUCACGAGGGUGGCUACUCGCGCGAUGAGCGGGAAUCGUUCAAGGAAAUCAUCUACAGCAACACGGUUCAGUCGAUGCGUGUCAUCCUCGAAGCCAUGGAGUCCCUGGAGCUGCCCCUGGAAGAUGCCCGUAAUGAAUAUCACGUUCAGACCGUCUUCAUGCAACCCGCUCAGAUUGAAGGCGACAGCCUGCCCCCAGAGGUGGGCAACGCCAUCGGUGCUCUUUGGCAUGAUGCUGGUGUCCAGGAAUGCUUCAAGCGAUCGCGUGAAUAUCAGUUGAACGACUCUGCCAAAUACUACUUUGACGCUGUCGAGCGGAUCGCCCAGCCUGACUACCUCCCCACCGACCAGGAUGUUCUCCGCUCUCGUGUUAAGACCACCGGUAUCACCGAGACCACCUUCAUCAUUGGCGACCUGACUUACCGUAUGUUUGAUGUGGGUGGCCAGCGCUCGGAGCGUAAGAAGUGGAUUCACUGCUUCGAGAACGUUACCACCAUUCUCUUCCUAGUCGCCAUUUCGGAGUACGAUCAGCUACUUUUCGAAGAUGAGACUGUCAACCGUAUGCAGGAAGCCCUUACCCUGUUCGACUCUAUCUGCAACUCCCGGUGGUUCGUCAAGACUUCCAUCAUUCUCUUCCUCAACAAGAUCGAUCGCUUCAAGGAGAAGCUGCCCGUCAGCCCCAUGAAGAACUACUUCCCUGACUACGAGGGCGGUGCCGAUUACGCCGCUGCGUGCGACUACAUCCUCAACCGCUUCGUCUCCCUAAACCAAGCCGAACAGAAGCAGAUCUACACCCACUUCACAUGUGCCACCGAUACAACACAAAUUCGAUUCGUGAUGGCGGCGGUAAAUGAUAUCAUUAUCCAAGAGAACCUGAGACUCUGUGGUUUGAUUUAA